CAUGAUAUGACCCCUUUAAUUUCAGGCCAGUCAGCUGUCUGAUGGAGUUACGCAACAGCAGCGCGUGGACGGAGCGCCUCCGGGCAGACGGAGCAGGGAAAAGUGAGCGAGUGUGAUUACAGACCACGAGUUCCACACGUCUGCUCUGCUCCUGAGAAGCUGAAGGGAAGAACAAGUUCACAUUUAAACCUUUACUGGGUUUAUAGAUAAUAUAUUAUUCAACAACCUGCUCCGUAAUUUGCACACCUGUGUGUGUGUGUGUGUGUGUGAGUGAGUGACCCGUAAGGGUUUGCGAUUGCGAGAGUGGAUGAUGAGUGUGCCGGUUCCUGCGGGUCUACAGGACCUGCUGAAGGGCUUCACGGUGGAGGUUCUGAAGCGGCAGCCGGAGAACCUUCUGGACUUCGCUGUGGUGUAUUUCACUGAGCUGAGAGACCGGCGUGAGGAGAACCCGAGUGCAGGGACGGAGAGCAGAUGUGGCCUGAGGAGAGGAGAAGGGUCUGAUGGAGAUGGCAGAGAACACAUAAUCACAAGUGAUGAAGUGGAGGAGGCAGAGGGAGAGGCAGAGGCAGAGGAAGAGGAAGAGGGAGAGGAAGAGGAAGAGGACUUUCCUGAUGAUUUCAUGUUUAAACCUCCGCCUACCAGCAAGCACAGCCGCAGAGUAGCAGUGUGUGCUGAGUCCUACAACCCAGACGAGGAUGACGAUGAUGACUCUGAGCCGAAGAUCGUUCACCCCAAAACUGCUGAGCAGCGCUCCAGACUACAGGAAGCCUGCAAGGACAUACUGCUGUUCAAAACUCUGGAAAAGGAGCAGUUCUCCCAGGUGUUGGACGCCAUGUUCGAGGUGCUGGUGAAGCCGAACGAGCACAUCAUACACCAGGGAGACAAUGGAGACAAUUUCUACGUCAUCGAGAGAGGAAUGUAUGAUAUCGAGGUGCAGAAGGACGGUGUGAGUCGCUGUGUGGGGAAAUACGAUAAUAAGGGCAGUUUCGGUGAGUUGGCGCUCAUGUACAACACUCCACGUGCUGCAACCAUCAUCGCCGUCCAGCCGGGGGCGCUGUGGGCUCUGGACAGGGAGACGUUCCACAGGUUGAUUGUGAAAAAUAACGCCAAGAAGAGGAAAACGUAUGAGGCCUUCAUCGAGUGUGUGCCGCUACUGAAAUCUCUGGAGAUAUCGGAGCGGAUGAAGAUGGUCGAUGUUUUAGGAGCGAAAGCCUUCAGAGACGGAGAAGAGAUCAUCAAACAGGGUGAUGCGGCUGAUUGUUUCUACAUCGUGGAGUCUGGCGUAGUGAAGAUCAUGAUCAAGAGAAAAGCUAAAGCAGGUCGUCUGAGGAGCGAGGAUGAGGUCGAGGACGAGGAUGCGGAGGUGGAGGUGGAGGUCUCCCGCUGUGUUCGGGGUCAGUACUUUGGAGAACUGGCACUCGUCACUAACAAACCUCGAGCUGCGUCCGUUUACGCCGUGGGAGAAACUAAGUGUUUAGUGAUCGACGUCCAGGCGUUCGAGCGUCUGCUGGGUCCCUGUAAGGAGAUCAUGAAGAGGAACAUUGCUUUGUACCAGGAGCAGUUGGUGGCUCUGUUCGGCUCCAGCGAGGAUCCGAAACACGGCGCAACUUCGUCUGCGUUCUGAUGUUUAUCCUCCGGCCUUCUCCACUCGCCCGUAGUUAAAUCCGCACGGCCGCAUUAAAGAGCCGUUCUUCUCCUCAAUCUGACGUUCUUUGGAAAACUGCGAGACGAAGGGUCAUGUCGAGUUCAUGGUAGACCUUAGGAACACAAAUUACCCAGAAAGCAUUGCAAUUAGACAGCGUGACGAAGCUAAUAUACUGCACUUAUAGCUGUGAAAGUGGUUUAUUACUCCAAGUGUAAACAAGCAAUUAAAUACCCAGUAUUUCAGAACUAUACCGGUGGACUGUCAAUCAUUUCUUGUAUCCAAGAUAACAUAAUUAAUAUUAGAUACAAAUCCGUGUGUUUGCCGUACAAUUACAGCUGAAGUAACUCCAAAGCUUCUUCUGAAGUACUCUGGAGCGUUGCAUAAAGUGUGGACGAGUUCCUCAAGUUCCUCCACUUCCCUCAGAGAGACACCAGCUAAAAAAAUCAGCCGCCCACUUAUUGCCCCCCCGAGAUCGCUGUCAGUCCCUCCCACUUCCCCAUCUGUGACCCUUCAGCACUGAUGUCCUGGAGCUCUGGCAGGGUUUUGACCCGAGGACCUCUACACCCAGAGGCAUGGCUCAACCGACUGAGCCACAGAGUCUCACUGACACAACCGCUUUUAUCACUUUCACGUCCAUCUUAACCAUGUCAAAAAUAAAGCACAGAUUUGAACCGGUGAUCCCCGACACAAACGCCAUCACGCACUACCCACCGCACGACGGCGGAACUGUAACAGCACCUGUUUAUCGGACUUUUGUUUUGAGCUUAGAGCCCAAAGCCACGUUUUGAAGAACAGCGACGUUCACUGCUUCUUUCCUCAAUUCUGAGUUACAGGUGAAGGUGCCAGACCAACACACUCCAACACAUCCAAACCCCUAGCUGGUGUCAUGAGUUUCUGGAAAGUUCUUCCUCGUUCACGUUGGUCCUUUCGGCUCAUCAGUGGGGUUUUUCUGGACAAUUCCACAGUGUACAAUAUCGCAGUUUGUUAAUUUGGUCUGGAGAUGAUUUGGGAUUUGGUGGAUGCUUGUUGAGAUGUUUGGGCUUCACCAGCUCUGUCUGGGUGUUUGAAGAAACAUGGUGCUGAAGAUGAAGAGUAAAACAUCCUGUAGACAUUCUCUGGAAUCAGGGUUCACCAUCCCAAACCUCAAGUGGUUCCACCAAAAUCCUCAGCACUCAUAGCACCCUAGAGCUGUACCUGGGUUUCAACCCACAAGAGUCAACCAACAGCGCCACAGAAGCUCACCUGCUCCAUCGAGCUUUCAGAAUUUUUAACUUUCUUCAUCUUAAAGUUCUCAAAAGAGCAGAAAUGAACCUGUACUCACCGAAAUCCGCAGCUACAGUACGAACAGCAGCGAACACAGACAGACGAGCGUUAGAAGAGGAACUGGUUCUAUUAUUGUAGAUCCUACUCUAUUGUUUUGGCGACUUCUGAAUAACGCCGAUUUUUAGCUGCAAGAUCUUCGUUACGUGAACAACACACUCGGCGUAAAUAUUUAACAGAAGCUAUUUAUCAAAUGCAAACCUAAAGACGAAACUGAAUUAGCAAUUUUCUUGACGAUUUAUUCCUCUUAUAGCACAGCAAUCGGCCCACGAGUACACUUUAUAUUUAUUAAAGAAUGCUUUUAAAGGUUUUUAACGAUACUUUUUGUCUAUUUAUAGUUACGUUUUAUGUUGUGGAACGUCCAGGUUCCUCUGUCAGUAGCUAAAUUAAAGCACAUCUGUCGAGUCUGUGAUUCUUAGGGUCGGUUAAUUUUCCCGCCCUUACGCUGCCUUCAGGCGUUCUUCAGAACUUGGUACUUCACAGAUCCGACGCGCUGCUCGUUCAGACAUCGUUAACAGAAAACACGCCCUAAGCAGAGAUUUUUAUUGUCCACUUCAAUUUUUUUUAGUCGCUAAAAAGAUCAGUUCAUUUUGCGUUACUGCAACAAACUGAAAAUAAGUGGGUUAUGCGUCAGUUUGUUCUAGUCCAAGCGUACGCUCGGAUCUAGUUUUUCUUUUCUGUUUAAGCCAUUUAAAAAUAAACUUCAGCUCAGUGUUCACAUGACUUUGAGGGGAAAAAAAGGUUUUGAGAGUUUAGAAGUAGUAAGAACGUCGUGGUGGAGAAGAUCUCCGCACGUCCGCACUCAUCUCAGAAGUACCGUAUUUUCAGACAGGACGUGAAGGCAGCAGUACACAUCUACAAACCUGGUUGCUUCGCAGACGGCAGGAAGUCGGUUUUGUUCAACUCUCUGUAGGAACACCAGCCCGUUUCCCCUUAAUAACGUGGUCGUGGUUUUUGAAUCACGAUCCCAGUGUGAAAUCGGUGGAACAUUCUGAAAUCUUAACACACGGCAGUUCAUCUGCAUCCUUUUGAGUUAACAUAGUGGGUGCCAAUAUAUUUGGAGUCACAUCAAAAUUCAUGGUAAACAUAUUAAACUAAGUAAAUAUUGAUGGAUGU